AUGAAGUUCGGUUUUGCUUCGAUCGUGGCGGCGCUGCUUGCCGGCGUCACCCUCGUCGCGGGUAAACGUCCGUUGACGGUGGAUAUCAACAGCCAAAAUCAGCCCAAUGCCAUUGCCCAUGUAUUUUAUGACACUAACCGUUACCUCAAGAACGUGUAUAUGCCCAGGAGGGGUGAGGAUCUUACCUCCGUAGUUAACAUUGUGAGGGACGGUAAGCGCAAGGGGACUCAAGUGUUGUACACCGCCCCCUACGGUCAGCGCGUAUACAGGGUCUUCGCCUUCGGUUCGGAGGUGUACAACCUUGUGAUUAUUUACGCAAGUGAUCAAAUUAAGGCGUGGAGGAGAAGUGGAAAGUGGUUCCAGCCCAUUCGUACCGAGAAGAACUACCUUGGUCGCUACUUCACGGUGGAGAAUGUUGCCAUUCGCUGCAAUGACCACCAAUUCCGCGACUUCGAUGUCAUGAUUGACACCCACUGUGACCCUCGCUUGGGCCAAUUCAAGGUGUACAUUACCCUCCACGGCAGAAAGACCGCCCUUGAGAGGGUGCUCGCAGCAGGCGACCUAAACGCCCCCGUCAUCACGUACGAUGACUUCCUGCAGGAUGUGGCUCUCACUGGAUACAGGUGGCCGAAGGCGUUCCUCGAGUUGGUCGCAGACGAAAGGCUUAAGGAUAAGGAAGCGCGCUUCAGGCAAAUGUUGAACGAGGCCAAGUUACAUGCGCGUCACGAGGAAUUCGCGGAGGAUAUGGAGUUCUACAUGGUGAAUGAGCACGCUAUUGCUUCUGGUGGUGGUUAUGAUAUUGGUGAGCCUGGAUACAUUCAGGAUGAGGACAUCAGGGCUGAGCUCGACAGCCUGGAUGCCGAAGAGGCCGAGACACACGUCAAGCAUGAGAAGGCCAAGGAGGAUGCCAGGCAUGCUAUGUUCGAUAACCUCACCGGUACUGCCUGGCCUCCGGCAUACGAGGAGACUGAGGAGACCGAGGAGACUACCGAGGGUGGUGAGACCACCGAGGGUUGGGAGACUGUCGGAGGUGGUGAGACUUCCGAGGAUGAAGACUCUGCCGACAAAGAUGAGGACGAAGCCAGCGUUGUCAUCUACGGUCCGGAGGAUGUGCCUUCUGAGGAUGAGGAUGAGUCAGAUGUCACAUCUGUCAGUGAUUCCGUCUCCGUCGUUUCGACUGAAACUGAUUCGUCUGAUGACGAGAGCAUCAUCGUGCGUGGCAAGCCGAAGACCGAGCUGCCGUGGUACAAGCGCAUCUUCUGCUGCUCCAAGGAUACUGCUCAGAGCUCGGAAGUCGACUCCCCGGCAACCAAGAAGAAGUGCCCUGUUGCUGUCACUACCGAUGCUGAUGAUGAAGAGACCAGCGAGGAGGGAGAAUCUGACACCGAAACCGAGACAGACUCCGACGUUAGCGGUUCUGUUCAGUCUGGUACUGAGGAUGAUGAUGAUGAUGACGAUGACGACGACGAUGAUGAAGAAGAGACCGGAAGUGAAUUGACCGAGGAUGAUGAUGACGACGACGACGAUGAUGACGACGAAGAGACCGGAAGUGAAUUGACCGAGGAUGAUGAAGACGAGGAAGAUGAGGAAGAUGAUGAAUCAGGUAAGGUUACCGAAUGCUCGGCUGUAACUCGUGUUUCAGGUAGCGGCGAAGGUUCUUCCCAGGCUGACGGCAGCAGCCCAACCAUUUCCAGGGAGGAGGCCCUCGAGGUCUUGGAGAGCUUCAACCGUGACUCUGGAUGGGUUCACGUCAACGACACUGAAGAGGAGGUUGCUCCCGGUCUCGUCAAGGUCCACUCCAAGUGGAUGCGCGUGACCAAGACUGACGGUGAAGACCAGGUCUGCACCAUUGGCGAAGAUGGUGAGAAGGUAUGCGUGCCUGUAGAGGAUGCUGCCGAGGGCUCCGAAGUUGGAAGUGCUACCGGAGCAUCUGGUGUUGAAGGCGGUGAGAAAUCGUCCGAUGUUGACUCUGAGGAGGUUGCCGAAGAGCACUCCGAAACACACUCUGCCGUGUCAGCGCAUGAUGAGGAUGGCUUGUCAUUCGUCGACUCCGACGAAGAGGAAGAGGCUGGCGAGGUUAAAUCGCAAGAGGAUGCUAUCGAGGAGCCCGUGUGCGAGGUUCGUCAGGCGCCUGCUGUUGAAGCCAUCAGGGCUAGGAAGACCCGUGCCCCGUGGUUCAAGCGUGUGUUCUGCUGCGCUAAGGACAACUCUGAGGGCUCAGUAGUCGACUCCAUGGUCGACGAUGGAACUCCUUGCCCCGCAACUGUCGCCGAAUCAGUUAACGGCAAUGAGACCGACGCGGAGGCUGAGGCCGAGGCUGAAGCUGAGGCUGAAGCUGAGGCUGAAGCUGAGGCCGAGGCUGAGGCUAAGGCUGAGGAAAUUGCCGAAACUGAAGACGCCGAACAGUCUGGUCCUGAGGGCUACGAAGCCAGGCGCCACUCCAGCCACCUCAGCAACUUGGACAUCGAAAAUGGUUCUAACGUGUCUGAUUCCGACUCCGUCCGUGACCCGAGGGAAGGUGGUUUCACCGCAACUAGCGUUGGUGACGUAGAUGAUGCCGCAUCGGGAUCCAGGAACCUGAGGGAUUCGGCACCUGGAGACGAAGAAGGCGAAAAGGAUGACAGUGAGAUUUUGACGUAA